AGAUUCUUGCUGUGCGAGGACAAGACCGACUGCAGCAGAUGGGUCCACAAGAGGCUUUGCCUUCCCUCGUUCAACACGUUCGCACCCGAGUCGGAGAGGUGCUGCUCGCACCACGCUAGUUGCAAGAGCAAGUGCAUGUGCAAAAUGUGUAAAGAGCAACGCAGUAAAGCCCGGGGAGGAUCCCGAGGGGGGAGGGCGGGCGGGCGUGGAGGAGUGGCCCCACGGAGUGGACAAGGACGUGGACACGCGGCUCGGAAUGGGCAAGGACGAGGACACGCAGGGCGCCGGGGUGCGGGAGGGGAGGCAAAGCAGAGGCAAAUAGUAUUCAAGUUGCCGCGAGGUAAUGGCGACCAAAGCACUACGGUUGCUGUGCGCCUCGGGAAUGCUGACAACUGGGUCAUCACUUCUGUGAACCCAGAACGACAAACUUCCAGCUGCUCAAGGACACAAUGUCAAGGAUUACGGGCGGGGUUAGUAGCACAGCAACAAACGGCAGGGAGUCAUGGCGGAGUGGCUAGCGCCAUCGGAGGCCUGUGCAAGCACGCCAAGGCGGCGUUAGAGCACAUGAGGAAGAAGACGGUGAAGGACGCCAGAGAGGUCAAAGGUGAUGGUUGGGACUGGGACGCAGCAAAGGAGCAUGUGGCAACGGCGAAAUCGGAUGGGCACUUGUCUGUCGUCGAGCACACUGUGAUCAUGACCAUGGUGGAACGGGCUGAGGGUAGUGGCGUGUGGCCGGUGUACGAGACGGAACCGAACCAUUUUGUGGUGCGCGAUGACCGGACUCGAACAUCGGAGCAUGACUAUGCGUGCGUGAAGUACGACACAGUUGAGCCAGGGAAAUCGUCUCGACGGCUGACACCUCCGAAGAACUUCAUGUGCAGGGUGAGCCUACGAAUUGAUGAAAGUUUAGAGAUUAUGAUGGAAAUUGUCUCCGCCGGCCAAAGCCGACGAAACGGUGUACACCAGUAA